AUGGACCCCGAAACCUCCACAUUCAAGUCACCUAUUCGUCAGCUUACGGACAACAACUACUCUGAAUGGCUUAUCGAUAUCAAAGCUCUUCUUAGGGGUAAAAAGCUCUGGAACUACACUCAAGAGGCCCCGGAUCCCGAUAAAUCAGUCACGGCCCAAGCCAAAUGGCGUGAUUCAGCAAUGGAGGCUGCAGACCUUAUUACCCCUACCAUAAGUGGCCCCGUUAAGCAGAAACUUCAGGCUAACGCUUUUGACGAUGGCUAUCUUAUGAUGACCUCCUUGGCCAAUAUCUAUGCCCCGAAAGGUGACGCCGAAUUCAUGCGAUUAACCCGGGAGUAUUACUCGCUCCGGUACGAAGAUUUCGACUCUAUGACCCACUAUCUCACUCAAAUCAAGACGCUCGAGGAGCGUAUUCGCGAUAUUAAUAUAAUUCUCGACGACGAUAAAUAA